UCAUCCGAUCCCCGGAGCGGAGAGCCGGUGUGUCGGGUUACAGGAGACACCGGGAGCGGCCGCGGCAGUUUCGUCUCAUGGAGCCGUUGGGGACGGACCCCUCCUCUCGUCCACCCCGGGACUGAGCCGGACAAACCCACCAGGGGAACCCCGGCCCCCCCCCCCGCCCCAUCCCCACCCUUUCCCUCCAGAGAGAGCGAAAGCCAAGAGCGAAGACAGGCCUUUUCCACUGGAGGGGCAACUCUGCUUUUAAAGAGCUUUUUCUCCUUUAGCGGCCGGGACUCUUUCCCUCGUCGCCUCUCGGUGUGGCUCUCUGGCCUCGUCCUUAUCCCAAUCUUCGCCCCCGCCCGUUUGAUUUGGGGUUUUUUUAUUUUUCCACGCUCCCUCCCGCGGGAAGGAGAGGUGUCCAGCCGCCUCCGGCCGUUUUAUUUAUUCUAUUUAUUUCUCCGUCGCUGCCCAGGAUGGUGGAGGCCGCGGGCCGGGCAGGUGCCCACCCCGGCGGGCCGGGCAAAGGACCGGCCGAGGAAGGGCGACGUUUGGGGGUGCCGCUCCUGCUGAGCUGUGCGCUCUUCGGGGUGUCCUGGUUUGCUCUGGUGCUGAGCCUCCUCGUCUACUUCAGGACCUCAGACCUGCAGUCCAGGGUUUCGCAGUUGGAAGCCCAGCGAUCGCCCUGGCUGCCCGCAGACCAGAUGGAGACGGCUAUUUUGGGACGAGUGAACCAGCUGCUGGAUGAGAAAUUAAAGCUUCACCUGCCCAGACAACGGGAAAUCCGGGAUACCUCCCAGAGAUGUAGCUGUCCAGCAGGACCUCCUGGUCCCACAGGAAGACCUGGACUUCCGGGAGAGAAAGGUGGCCUUGGGAUCCCGGGACGAAUGGGACUAAAGGGGCAACCCGGAGAGAAGGGAGCCCCAGGAGAUGCGGGGAUGUCCAUUAUAGGUCCACGCGGCCCUCCUGGCCAGCCCGGCACAAGAGGUUUUCCCGGAUUUCCGGGACCAAUUGGUCUGGACGGCAAGCCGGGUUACCCCGGGCCAAAGGGAGACAUGGGCAUAACUGGUUCCAAGGGGCAACCGGGACUACCAGGACAAAAAGGAGAAAAGGGUCAAUGUGGGGACUACCCGCACAGGGACUCCCUCAGCAGUACUCUGGCAGCCCUGCGCUCCAACCAGAUCCUAACCCUGAAGGGUGAACAGGGGCAGGCGGGCAUCCAGGGACCACCAGGACCACCCGGGCCUCCCGGGCCCUCUGGACCGAUGGGACCUCUGGGGAACCCCGGACAGCCGGGGCCAGUCGGGCCCCCCGGCAGAGCAGGAGAACCGGGGAAGCCGGGCAAAGAUGGAAAGGGCUUACCUGGGCCUCCAGGACCAAAGGGAGACCCUGGGAUCCAGGGCGUCCACGGACGGAAGGGGGAGAGGGGCAUGCCAGGGAUCCCGGGAAAGCAUGGAGCCAAGGGAUCUCCCGGAACAGCUGCUGCAGGGAUGAAGGGUGAGCCGGGGACUCCAGGAACAAAGGGUGAAAAAGGAAGCUCUGGCCUCCCUGGACUUCCUGGAUACGUGGGGCAGAAGGGAGAGAAGGGAGAUGCCGGCAACGCCAUUGGACUAGGCCAAAGGGAACCCGGCCCCCCAGGCUUACCCGGCCCCCCGGGACCAAAGGGAGAAGCUGGCCAAUCCGGCCAAGCGGGAACCCCAGGAUUCCAGGGACAAAAGGGGGAACCGGGAGCAUCGGGAGAACAGGGACCUCCUGGCCUAAAGGGCUCCAAGGGAGAUCCAGGCAAAGGAGAAAUGGUGGAUUACAACGGCAACAUCAAUGAAGCUCUCCAGGAAAUCCGCACCCUGGCUCUGAUGGGUCCUCCUGGUCUCCCAGGGCAACCAGGACCACCUGGAUCCCCAGGGACCCCCGGACAGAAGGGUGAAAUCGGUUUGCCGGGGCCUCCGGGGCAUGAUGGGGAGAAGGGACCUCGGGGCAAAUCAGGAGAGGGGGGACCCCCUGGGCCCCAAGGGCCUCCAGGAAAGGAAGGACCUCCAGGGAUGAAAGGAGAAAAUGGUCAUCUGGGCAACCCUGGAGUGAAGGGAGAGAAAGGGGAGGCAGGACAGGUUGGCUCACCGGGGCUUGAUGGUCCAACUGGAGAGAAAGGAGAUCAAGGGAUACCAGGACUUCCUGGAUUGCCAGGCCCAAUCGGCCUCCCGGGAUUUACAGGAGAGAAGGGAGAAGUUGGAGAGAAGGGGGACGCAGGAGCACCGAUAUCUGGGCCCCCAGGGCCGGAAGGCCCCCCAGGACCUGCAGGUCUCCAAGGUGUUCCCGGACCAAAGGGGGAAGCCGGACUUGAUGGAGCGAAAGGGGAGAAGGGCACCCAGGGAGAGAAAGGAGACCGAGGUCCAUUGGGAUUGCCUGGUGCUUCAGGUUUGGACGGCAGGCCUGGGUCACCGGGCACUCCAGGACCAAUUGGAGUUCCAGGUCCAGCAGGACCAAAAGGAGAGAGGGGCAGUAAAGGAGAUCCUGGGACCACUGGACCAACAGGAGCGGCAGGACUUCCUGGUUUACAUGGACCACCGGGUGACAAAGGAAACCGGGGGGAGAGGGGGAAGAAAGGCUCUAGGGGGCCUAAAGGGGAUAAGGGAGACCAAGGAGCGCCUGGAUUAGAUGCCCCCUGUCCAUUGGGAGAAGAUGGCUUGCCAGUUCAGGGAUGCUGGAAUAAGGGCCAGACUCCAUGGCUGAUAGCCAAAAAGUGAGACAAGCGGGCAGAGAAGCGUUGAGAAACGACCACAGCGGUGAAUGGAGAAGAUGGGCCUGCCCCGGAGAUGUUUUGGGAGCCCAGAGACGAUCCUUGGCUGUGAACUCCAUGGAAGAGCCUACUUGGGGGGGGGUGAGCAUGCUAGCACGAUGCCAGGUGAGGCGUAGCCAUGAGUUGGAGGGUUUUUCUGGUGCUUUCCUUCCGGGAUCAGAGCAGACUUCAAGAGGGACACUUCAAGAGUGUCUCUCCUCAUUUUGGGUCAUUUUCAGUGACCCUUUAUCGGAUCCAAGAAGCUUCUUCUGUCUUGCUUCCUGGCAGCCCCAUCAGCGAGCGGUAGAAACACCACUGGACUCUUUCGUUACCUGAGGGCCUGUUCAUUUUUGAACAUUUGCCUCAUUAGUGAAAAGAGGGUUGUUGGGGGGUUUUUUCUCUAAUUGUGAGGAGCGGGGGCAUGUCCUCAGCGAUCGGUUCCUACAAACUUCCGUCCAUUUCCUUUGAUGAUUCCAUCCUUAACCCUUUCACCACCUUGAACCUCCCAAAGGACAUAAGACAAAAGAGAAAGGCAGAGGGUAUUUUUUCCUGCGGAAAUUUCAAAGCAGGUGAAACACACCCUGGGGAAUGAGAUAAAAGUCCUUGUCCAUUGGUAGUUGCUUAGCACCGCUGAGAUCACACCUGGGGUUCCUGAGGGCC